AAUAAUAAAUUUGAUAUUUUACGGAAUUAAUUCUUUGUAACAGACUAAGAAUUCUAGAAAUUUUUUUCAGGGGAUGAAAUGUCAAUAAUGUCCUCAAUGGCUUCUUAUGCCUAUCAAAUUUAUCAAGGGCAUUAUUGUUAUUUCGAUAAAAUCUGGAUAAUGCAAACCGAACGAGAGGUACAAAGCAUAGUUCACUUCCCCUGAGGAAAUAGAGAAGAGAUGAUUGCGCUCAAAGCAAUUCAAGCAUCCUUAAUCCCCAGAAAGCAUGCAUUUUUCCCAACAAGAAGACUACCCAUUUCAAGGAAUUCCAUCCCCUGUCUCUGCAAGAACGAUAACUCAGAUGGGAAUGAUUCUGAGGCAGAGUCACCGUCCCCCCCGGAAGGAGACACUCGCCAGCAAGAGCUGCUUGCUGCCAUAGCCAUGCUUCAAACGCAAAAGGUCCGUCUUACCGAAUAUUUAGAUGAAAGAGCUACGUAUCUUACUCAAUUUGCUGAAGAAGCCAAUGCAGAGUUCGACCAGGCUGGGGAAGAUGCAUUCAGAGAAAUCCAAGAAGCUGGUGACUCGGUCUGUAUGUGCUAUUAUUAGUUCUCCGUGUAGUGUUUCGGAGAGAAAAGUGCCUCUUGUUCUUGGUUGAUUCGUUAUUGCAUCGAUAACCCAGUUCUUGUUCCUUUGUUGUUUGGCAGAUAAUGGAGAACAUAGAGAGCAAAAUGCAAGCCUUUAGAGAAUCGCAGGAAUUGAACAAACUGGAGAUUGAGAAGAAUGAAAGUAAGUUAGCACGAUUCGAAGGUCAAAUUGAGAGAGAUAGGAAUGAAGGGCUGUUCUUUAAGAACCUGGGGGAGAAGAAGAGAAAGCCUGUGGAUAAGGCAAAAGCAAAAGAAGAUAUGGAGAAGAUAAAGGAGGUUAUUAAAGAAACUGCAGGGUCGAAAAUCAGAAGGAACAUUUACCUCGCUUUAAUGGCACUGCUAGUCGUUGGAAUUGCUGAUUCUUUCAUCACAUCGCCUGAUUGGAGAAAAGUUGCGGUUCUUGGAGCAAUUUUAGUUGCUUUAUUUACUCAGUUUGUCCACGAACAGACACUGCUAUCCGAGGCUGAAAAAUUGGAAAAAGAAAAGAGUGACCAGAAGAAGUAAAAUGUCUUUGAUACAUCUGAUAUACUGAACUAGUGUAAAGUUUUGAUCAAUAGGUAUUGUAGGUGAAUAUCAGAAUAUGGCAUGAUACAUAACCCCAAGUUGGAACUUAAAACUUGGGAUUGAUACAUCAAGCUACUUUGCUUUUGCAUCAUCAACAUAUGCCUUUGGUGACAUAACUUCAAUCACCAAAACCAAUGUGAGUACCAAAUUUGAUGCUUUCUGAUAUUUUCUCACUCAUUCUACUGUAAAACAACAGAUAGCUGAAUCUUUUGUAUUAUACUAACUAGACAAAUCUAGAUUUCAACAUUUGACAGAGUCUAUUUUCUGAAAACAUUUCACAAUGGGAAGCAUGUUUGCAAUGAUCCUAGCUUGAAUUGUAUAGAAUGAUGCACAGAUAGACUUCCAGCAGUAAAGCUGAAUUAUUAGG